AGCUUAGACUCACAAGUGUGUGUUUGAGUUCCCCUCACACUGUGUGGUUAUUUGCAUCAUGAAUGUAUUCUGCACACAUCAGCAUCAGUGGGAAAGUGAGUUGUAUUACAUCCUGUUCUAUUGUUAGACUGACCGGACCCUAACUGAGUUCACCCUCAGGUUUGUGUGUGUGUGUGUGAUUGUGUGUGCACGCGUGUUUCUGUGCCUGCUUGUCUUGCCCAAUUUUACUGCACACACUGCCAAACAUCUGCCAUCCCUGCUCACAUGUGUUUUGCUUGUUGUGUUGCUGUUGUUGUUGUAAGAGCUUUGUGAUCACUACUAUACUUGCAUAGCCAGCAGCUACAGUCUUUUUUUUGUCGGAUGCCACGUGGUGUCUGCUUGUCUGUUUGUCUCUUUGGCAUAAACAGGCGGCACUGGGCGGCCAGAGCGGAGCGUGUGGUUUCCUGAUGAAAAGGCACGCUAAUGGCCCUCCGAGAGAGCUUCUGAUUGAUGAGUGUACAGAUAUUCUCUCCAUAUUUGGACCGUCCCUGCAGACUACUCCUCCUCCAUGAGCCUGGGCAGGAGAGUUAAGCUUACGGUACGCUACUGGGCAGGUCUCAGUGCGUCUGGCUGCGAAACGACUAAGUGAGCUAUCACUUUUUCGCAGCGCGUGCGUCUUUUUUCGUGAAAGUGUGUGUGUUUGUGUGUGUGUGUGUUUGUCUGUAUGCCUGUGUGCAUGGAAGACCGCAGAUUAAUUUCUGUGAGAUACCUAUUUGGCUAUACUGUACCUGCUUCUCAUUCUAAAAAUGAGUUCUCCCCAUGUGUAUACACGGCAGUGUGUGUGUGCACUGCUGAAAGGCCAGCGUUAAAUAUUUGCAGGACAUUUGUGAAAGAAGGAAAUGUCUGUGUGACUAGUGUUACUGAUUGUGCAGCACUGCCUGACUUCUGUGACGACUUUCACACAAGUCUGCUUGGCCCUGAUUACCGAGCCAAGCGCUCAAGUAGAGACCAGAGUCCAUAGACAGACUUCCUCUCCGAAUAGCUUUCUGCAAUUAUCAUUGUUAUUCCCUAUUGAAAAAAAGAAAACGGCAUGAACCACAUAUUUGGCUGCUCGGUGACUUUUGGCAAGCAGAAAAGUGGCAUUCCAGGCAGAUAGCAAGCUGAAUCGAUUUUUGCCCCCAAUCUUUUUCUCCCAUUUUUUCUCCAUAUUUGGAAAUGUUUACCUCCUCAUGGUUUGCCGAGAGGGUGGAAGAGGGGAUAUGAGUCAUUUUAGCGGCAGCAUAGCCUAAGCCAUGCUGAAGGCUACACGGUAGACUCCUUUCCCCAGUGUUGUCGCGUGGACUCAAGGGCUCCUCUCCUCUCCUCCAGUCUUCCGAGACCUGGGAUGCUGAUACAUCCAGGUGUCUGAUCCUCUCGUGACUUGCUGCUGUGCGUUUCCUGAAGAAGAAUACACUGAACCAUGUGGAGUGGCGAGGGAGGUUCCGGGGAGCAGGGGGGCCAGGUGACGGCCCGCAUGGAGACUAGCCCGCCUAUGGGCACCACCAGCUUCUCCGUAUCCCAGCAACAGGCCCCCAAGAAGUUCGCCCCCGUCGUGGCACCCAAGCCCAAGUUCAACCCUUACAAAGGAGGAGACGGGGCAGAAGGUGACUAUCCGCCCCCGCCUCCACCUGUUGCUGAUCCCAGUGGACUCCCAUCACCCUCCAGCUUCCCACCUCCACCCCAGAUGGAUGACUCCCCACUAGGAUUUCAGGUCCCAGAGAAGACUCUUGAGGAGAGGCGCUCCAGUCUUGAUGCUGAGAUUGACUCGCUGACCAGCAUCCUGGCCGACCUUGAGAGCAGCUCCCCUUACAAGCCACGCAGCCAGCAGAACUCCAGCCCUGCUGUGACCAGCCCGACUGCGGCUGCCCCCAUCACUGGCUACAAGCGCAUGGUUAUCCCCACGCAGCCCACCCUCACUGCCACCAAGAAGUCCACCCCCAAGGCCCAGGGCUCCCCGGGACCCUCCGCCGUGCCCUCCCCCAGCCCUGGUGCCAAGGCCCAGACCCCAGCAGCAGCCCCACAGCCCGUCCCGGCCUCCUACACCACGGCCUCCACCCCCAGCCAGCCCACCUUCAACGUCCAGGUGCGGGCAGCCCAGCCAGGUCCCCAGCACCCUCCGCCUCCCCAGCAGUACGGGCACCCUCAGCAGCAGCCCAUGAGAGGCCCCGCCCCGGUGCAGUACAUGCCGGCCCAGCCCAGAGGACCCGACUUCGCCUACGGGCCGCCGCAGCCGGGCUUCACGCCGCAGCAGGGCUAUGCUGACUACGCCUACGGCAUGGGCGGACCACAGGGGCAGGCAGGCUACCAGCCCCCGAUGCCAAAGAAAACGUACAUCACGGACCCUCCACAGGCCCUUGCACCCUACACUACUGGGCCUCCUGUGCCCCAGAAGGCCCCUGCUGCCACCCGGUCCAACGCCCGCCCAGAGGAGGAGCUGGACCGCCUCACCAAGAAGAUGCUCUACGACAUGGACCACCCCCCCACCGAGGAAUACUUUGGUCGCUGUGCCAGCUGUGGAGAGAACGUGGUGGGUGAGGGUACGGGCUGCACGGCCAUGGACCAGGUGUUCCAUGUGGACUGCUUCGUCUGCAUGACCUGCUCCGCCAAGCUGCGUGGCAAGCCCUUCUAUGCCGUCGAGAAGAAGGCCUACUGCGAGCCAUGCUAUAUAAACACCUUGGAGACGUGUAACAUCUGCACUAAGCCCAUCAUGGAGCGCAUCCUGCGGGCCACGGGCAAGGCCUACCACCCCCAGUGCUUCACCUGCGUGGUGUGCCAACGCAGCCUGGACGGCAUCCCCUUCACCGUGGACGCAUCCAACCACAUCCACUGCAUCGAGGACUUCCACAAGAAGUUUGCUCCACGUUGCUCGGUGUGUGCGGAGCCGAUCAUGCCUGCUCCUGGCCAGGAGGAGACCGUGCGCAUCGUAGCCCUGGACCGGGACUUUCAUGUGCAGUGUUACCGCUGUGAGGAUUGUGGCACCAUGCUCUCGGAGGGGGACAAUCAGGGCUGCUACCCGCUGGAUGGCCACGUGCUCUGCAAAAAUUGCAAUACCAGCCGCAUCCAAGCCCUCACCGCUAACGCCACCACUGACCUCUGAACAACACACACACACACACACACACACACACACACACACACACACACACACACACACACACACACACACACACACACACACACACACACACACACACACACACACACACACACACACACACACACACACACAAGCAUGACCACACACGCACAUAUACACACACACACGAGCACCUGCAUGCACACCACACAUGUUCCCAAAAUUGUACCUGCUUCAACUCAAGCUCAAUAGAUAUAUGCAAGCACACAUGACAAAAUGAAAUGUAUUAUAUCGAAACACCAUCAUUAUUAAGUUUUUAUUUAGUUACUCCUCCCCACCCAUUUUACAGCGCACACACACCCAUACACACCCAUACACACACACACAUGCACACCCCCCCCC